AUGACUAAAUCACUGCGCGGGUCUUCACUCCCUCAGGCCCGCUCAUACCAUCACAAUCAUUACCAUUUACACAACAAGCGCGCCGCCUCACACGAGAAUGCGAUUCCUCACCACCACCACCGCCGCCAGACAGACACAGACGAAGCCGACAACAGCCCCACUCCCGAGUCCGCAUCCAGCAGCUCCUCCUCCUCUCGCAAAGUCGUCGUCCAGACCGUCUCCAUCGUUCAAGUAGUCGAUGCCUCCGGCGCCCCCAUCGAAGUUCAGACUCACUACGCUCCUCCCGCCACCGUGGAUGCCGACACGUCGCCCAGCGCCAGCGCCAGUGCUGACCUAGGCCUGUCCAUCGCAGCUGUUUCCACCACCGAGACCUCCACAGACAUCAACUCCUCCGAAACUGCGUCCUCCUCGAGCGACUCAUCCCUGUCGACUCCCCCGGCGACGACCUCCUCGACGACACCAUCGCCCGCGGGCUCUUCCACAAGUCAAGAUAUUCCCUUGACGUCCAAUCCUUUAUCCUCAGUACCGGCAUCGUCUGCGGCGCCCAUUCCUUACGUCAACAAAUUCAUCUUCUACAUCAGUCCUUACCGCAACCACUUCAACAAGCCUGUUUUCGUCCGGCUCGACGAGCGUAACAUCUUCAGUGCUUUCAUCCAUUUCAUCGACUUCCGAUUCAUCUUCUGGUUCAACUACCACCACCACCGGCAGCCUCAGCACCACCAACACUUUUGCCACGAGCACAUCGACAGGUUCCGCUGA